AUGGCUGAUUUUGUUUUUGGUGAUUUUUCUGAACAAGAAACAGAAAAAUUCUUCGGUCAUGAUAAACAAUCCGUUAAAAUCAAUGAACCUGAGUUUCCAUGGGCAACUGAAGAUUGUAUGACAACAGCAAUUGAAUUUGGUUUUGAUGUUCCACCUGUUAUCUCUCCAACAGGUGGUACCGGUGUUUCAUAUCCAACUUAUAAUUCAUGUAAUGGAAGUUCAUCUCAUCAGGAAUCAACAAGUUCAGCAUUAACAUCUCCACCAUAUUCAUCAAAAAGUUCAUCAAUAGAAAAUUUAAAAAUAACAAAACAAUCAUCAUCAUCACAUAAUCGUCAUCAUAGUGAUAGAAAAUUAAAGAAAAAACGUCCACCUAAUUAUUAUCGACAAGAAUAUCAACAAAUGCUUGAACCAUCUACACUUCAACAACAACAACAACAACAACAACAAAUUAACGGACAAAAAGAUGAAACAACACCAAUACAGAUACGUUCAAAUGAACAAACACCACAAAUAGAACAAAAUUAUAAUGAAUCAAAUUUAUUAUUAUUAUCAUCAAAUGAUGCUAGACUUAUUUCGUGUGAUCAAUGGGUUGAUUCAACUAUGAAACAUCAACUUAUAGCAAAUAAUGAUGAUGAUCAAUCAUCAUCCAAACAAUCAAUUAAUGAUGAUGAUGAUGAAAUUGAUUCAGAUGAAGCUGGAACAACAACAGAUACAGAUAAUGAUAAUGAUCUUCUUCAUAGUACAUCAACAACUCGACCAAGUUAUCCCGUUAAUAUAAUCUCAUCUGAACAUCAUUUAGACAAUAGAUCCAAUCAUAAUUCUACUCAACAUUUAUUAAAUACACCAAAUCAAUUAACAAAUGAUUUAAAUAUUUAUUCCACAUCAGUUGCAAGUGGAGCUUCAAUUGAAACAUUAAAACCUUCACAUAAUAUCUCAUCACCAUCAUCAUCGCCAGUUAAACAACAAAAUGAUAUAUCAAAGUCAAAACCAUCAUCAUGGGCAGAUUUAUUUCGUAGUCAGACAGCAUCUUUAACAAAUACUCAACCAUCAUCUCUUCCACAACAAUCAACUAGUCCAAUUAAAAAAUCACAUUCAACAUCAACAUCUUUAACACAAAAUUCAACAAUACCAUCUCAACAACAAAAUGGAAAUGUUCCAUCAAAAUCUAAUACAAAUAAUUUUUAUUCAAGACCAAAUUAUCAUGUUUAUAAUAGCAAUGGUGGAGAAUCAAAAUCUUUAGAAGAUUAUUUUUCUAAAUGUGAAGUACGACCAUCAGCUAUGGCUAUUAAACCACGUGGUUUAAUAAAUAAAAAUAAUUAUUGUUAUAUUAAUGCAACUCUUCAAGCACUUCUUGCAUGUCCUGCGUUUUUUAAUGUCAUGAAAUAUAUUCCACUUAAUGACGAUCCUAUUGAUCAUAAUGUUCCAUGUAUGAAAGCUGUUCAUUUAUUUGUUAAUCAAUUUGAAAAAAUGGAUCGUAGUAAAUCAAGUACAGCUAAUCAUAAAGAUAUUAUUUGUGGUCAACCAUUUGAUCCAAUUGAUAUUCUUCAAGAAAUUGCUCGUCUUCGUCGUUUAUCAGUUGAUGCUGUUAAAACAAAACAAGAAGAUGCACAUGAAUUAUUAUGUCAAUUAUUGAGUGAACUUCAUGAUGAAAUUUGUUCGAUUUUAUAUAAUACAUCGACAAAUAAGAAUGAAGAAUCUUUAAAUACGUCGGAUAUAACAACAACAACCCCAGCAUUACAAAAUGGAGAAGAAAAAGCUGAAGAUUGGCUUCAAGUGGGUAAAAAAAAUCGUACACAUGUUCUUCGAACGAAUGAAAUUCGAAAAAGUCUUAUUGCGGAUAUAUUUUCUGGAAAAUUCCGUUCAACAGUACAUAGCGCUGGAAAUCAAAAAUCAGUUGUACAUGAACCAUUUUUCACUCUUUCACUUGAUAUUAAAGAUCCAAAAAUCACAUCGCUUGAUGAAGCACUACUACGCUUUUGUGAACAAUCAACACUUUCCGAUUUUAUUGAUAGUAAAAGUCGUCAAAAUAUCCAUACAAACAAAACCAUGUUAAUCGAACAAUUACCACCAAUUCUUAUAAUACAUUUAAAAUGUUUUCUCUAUGAUGAAUCUGAUGGAACAAAAAAAAUCAAUAAAUCUAUAAAUUAUACUGUUAAUUUAACAUUACCAAAAAAUAUUUUAACCGAACAAGCAAAAAAACAUUCUUUUGAACGAUAUAAAUUAUUUGCUGUUGAAUAUCAUCAAGGUGAACGUGCAACAGAUGGACAUUAUAUAACUGAUGUAUUUCAUCCUGGACUUCAGGGAUGGGUUCGAUAUGAUGAUGGAAAUGUUCAUGUUGUCACAUCAAGUCAAGUGAUGAAUUCAUCAGCUGAAAAACUUACGCCUUAUUUACUAUUUUAUCGUCGUGGCGAUUAA